GGAAGCGGAACCUGUGCUAGAAUGGCAUUAUAACAUUUUGGCGGGGCGUCGGUCUGUGUGACAUAUGUUUAGGAAAAACAACAGCUUUUCCCAUAUAACUUAAAUGUUUCAUAGCAGACAGAAUGGCACUUGUGCGAAUGAGGAACGCGAAGGGAAAGAAUGCGACGGAAAUGGCAAAAAAAAUAAAAAGAGGUAAUGCACUCAGGCAGGCCUCAGCAUGGAGGACAUACAGAGCAUGUAUAAUCUCACUGCUGGUGGUUCUGUCAGUGUGUGGAGCAGCUGCAUGGUUUUACAUGUUCUCUGUGGAGAGUGACAUCACAGAAACUCUGGUCAAACAGAGUGAGUUGGUCUCAUCACAGCCCAGGGUCUUCACCGUCCAGUGCUCUGAAGACUAUGAGAACUACAAGCGAUAUCCAAGAUGCACCCCCCAGAGCUGUGGCCGUGCAGUCACAGACAGCGUGGUAACAAAGGACGAGGCUCAGGUGCUCAGAAGAUUGGCUGAGAGAGGUCUCGCACUGGCUGGUUCAGAAGGAGGAGCUUCCAUACUGGACCUGCACUCUGGAGCUCUGUCCAUGGGAAAACAGUUUGUCAACAUCUACAGGUACUUUGGGGACGUGAUAAAGGAUGUUUUCACAGAGCAGGAUUUCCAGCUUUACAGAGCCGUACGUGGGCGAAUCCAGGAGGUGAUUGCUGAAACCUUUGGUUUGGACCCGGCCCUGAUGUACCUCACUAAGCCCACGUUUUUCUCCAGAAUCAACAGCACGGCGGCCAAAACUCAACAUGACGAGUACUGGCACCCACACAUUGAUAAGGUAACGUACGGAUCCUUUGACUACACGUCUCUCCUGUACCUCUCUGACUACGGCUCUGACUUUGGCGGAGGACGAUUUAUCUUCAUGGACCAAACUGGAAACAGGACGGUGGAACCACGAACAGGACGUGUCUCCUUCUUCUCCUCUGGCUCGGAGAAUCUCCACCGCGUGGAGCAGGUGAUGUGGGGGACGCGCUAUGCCAUUACCGUGUCCUUCACCUGUGACCCCGAACACGCCAUUUCUGAUCCCGCUCUGCCCUGAUGCAUCAUGGGUAGUGCCACUGCUCUCUGGUGUGGACAAAAUCCUGCGAGAGAAAAAAGGUCCAGUAUAGAGAGAAUGACAGAAAAAAAUACUUUUCUUUUGUCCACUUUCAAACAUUUUUUUUCUUUUGAGACACUUCCUGCUCUGUAUUCUUUUAUUUUUUCUAAAAUGUGAUUGAUUGUCACCUGUCUAUCUUGGUCCACUUUCUAACAGCAUUUGUUACCUCUCUGUGGCUCCAUCCUCAUAAUCACUAGGAUUAGAUGUGUUUGGGCUCCAGGCAGGUUUUCACAAUCUGCUCUCAUUCACCAUCUCAGGACGGCUUGAGCAGAAAUUGCUUUUUGGACUGAGAACAGUCUUAAAGAGGCUGAAGUGGGAUCGUGUUUCUCUCUGUGUCUCCAUGUGUUUCUCAUUCUGACAAGAACUGUCAGGUAUGUGGAGACGAGAUAAAGUUCUGGUAAUUCCACCGAUGAAUCCACCUCUCACCCCCCUGGCUCGCCCUCGACCCCACCCGUGGUGGGAGGAGGUGUUUUCUUCUGAGAAGAACCCUCAGCUCUAAGAAUGAUUGUCCAUUCUGGGAUGUCCACCAGUUAUUUCAGUGAGGCGAGAGCGGUUUGAAAUAAAAUGCUGAGAAAAUCUGAAACCCCCGUGUGUGGCUCCCAGACUUGUUAAAGUUUCUAAAAGUUGUAGUGGUCAAGACGCCCCUGAAAAGACAUUUGAUCUGUGAGUUUCUGCUGAAGAGAUUUGAAUUAUUGAUAUUAUGGUUUUGAAUCCUCGGUUUCUCAUCACGCGGGUUGAAACACUGACUGGUUUUACCACUGACACAGAUGUCUGGAGGCCCUGCCUUAUCUGUGAAUCAUUUGCUGAGAGAUGUUUUAUUGUGUUUGUUUUCCAUCUCCAUUUUUCUUUUCAGCAUCAGCAGCUGUCUCUCAUCAUAAAGAAUCAUUCCUCUGACAACAUUUGAAUUCACAUUAUAUGUAAAAAAAAACAAAAACAAAAAAAAACAUCCGCCCUCAGGAUUAAAACCAAUAAACUGGAUUCAAACCCCUUAGUGUUGAUUGACACCAGAUGCUUCAUUUAGAUCAUUGUCUUAAAGUUGGUUCUUUGAGAAAAUGAAUUGUUCCUCAGUAGUGAUUUGAUUAAAAUCAGGUUGAAACAUUAAA